AUGAUAGCACUGGUUGCAUGGGUUGCUUGGCUAGGCCUGGCGCAGGGCUUCUACCUGCCGGGAUCUGCGCCGACCACAUACCGGCGCGGGGACGCCAUUCCGCUGCUGGUGAACCACAUCACGCCGACGGUGUUUUCCGACGACAGGGCAGGAACAGACGGCCAGCGCGACAAGGAGCGGUAUCUGUAUGCAUAUGAUUACUACUAUCCCCGCCUACACAUGUGCCGGCCGGACAAGAUUGAGAAGGUUUCUGAGUCGCUCGGGUCCAUCAUAUUCGGUGACAGGCUGCACAACUCGCCGUUCGAGUUGAAGAUGCUAGAGGAGAAGAGUUGCGUGGCGCUGUGCGAGAAGACGGUGCCGGCGGAGGAUGCGAAGUUCAUCAACCAGUUGAUCCGGAGCGGCUUCUUCCACAAUUGGCUGGUCGACGGGCUGCCAGCGGGAAGGGAGAUGCAUGACGCACGGACCAACACGGUUUUUUACGGGACGGGCUUCGAGCUGGGCAGGGUUAUCCGGGGCACGGAAGACCGAAAUCAGGAGGAGCCGGGGGAGAUUGAACUACAGACGCGGCGGGUGCUGCAGCCGGGAGAGUCUGUAGUAGCUGUGCCGUACUUCAUAAACCACUUCGAGAUCACCGUGGAUUACCACAAACGCGCCGAGGACGAGUUGCGGGUGGUGGGUGUGUCGGUGCUUCCUCGAUCGCUACAGAACCCCGUGGGCGACAAAUGUGCCAAUUCGGGCAAUGGCUUGGUGCUAAGCGAGACUGCAGACACCAAGGUGACGUUCACGUACAGUGUGCGUUUCCACGAGAGCGACGUUUCGUGGGCGACACGGUGGGGCAAGUAUCUCCAUGUGUACGAUCCGAAGGUGCAGUGGUAUUCGCUGAUCAACUUCAGCUUGGUGGUACUGUUGUUGUCGUCGAUAAUGGUGCAUUCGCUGUUCCGCGCGUUGAAGACGGAUCUCGACCGGUAUAAUGACUUCAACUUAGACAACGAAUUCCAGGAAGACUAUGGGUGGAAGCUGCUGCAUAGUGACGUGUUCCGGUCCCCGUCAAAGACGCUGUUGCUCUCUGUGUUCGUCGGUUCCGGAGGGCAGCUGUUCCUGAUGAGCGCAUGUACACUGUUCAUUGCCAUGCUUGGGUUCCUAUCUCCAAGCUCCAGGGGCUCGCUUGGGACGAUCAUGUUUGUCCUUUACGCGAUCUUCGGCGGUUUCGGUUCCUAUCUAUCCAUGUCCACGUACAAAAUGUUCGGUGGUGAGAAGUGGAAGGUGAACAUGGUAUUGACGCCUUUGUUGGUGCCGGGAAUUAUAUUUGCGACAAUGCUCCUGAUGAACUUCUUCCUUGUAAUGGUGCAAUCGUCUGGUGCUAUGCCAUUCGGGACGAUGUUGGCGAUAGUUGUUCUGUGGUUCGUGCUCUCAAUACCAAUUUCUAUCAUGGGCUCUCUAUUUGCACGCAAGAAGAAUACCUGGGACCAGCAUCCAACUAAAACGAGCCAAAUUGCGAAGCAGAUUCCUCCGCAGCCGUGGUACCUGAGAACCUGGCCUGCCGCAUAUAUCGCAGGUCUCUUCCCCUUCGGCGCCAUCGCUGUUGAGCUUUAUUUCAUAUACACGUCGAUAUGGUUUAACACCAUGUUCUACAUGUUCGGCUUCCUCUUCUUUACCUUUUUGUUACUGACUCUGACGACUGCCCUGGUUACCAUUUUAUUGACGUACUACUCACUGUGUAUGGAAAAUUGGAGCUGGCAAUGGCGGUCUUUCAUCAUUGGGGGUAUUGGUUGCUCCACAUACGUCUUUAUCAAUUCCAUCCUGUUCACCAAAUUCAGACUGGGCGGCUUUGUAACUAUUGUCCUGUACGUUGGCUAUUCGUUACUCAUCAGUUUCCUUUUCUGCCUUGUCACUGGUACCAUUGGCUUCGUAAGCAGUCUGUGGUUUGUGAGGAAAAUCUACUCUAGCAUUAAGGUUGACUAA